AUGUUUUUCGCAAACGCUGUGGUAAAGGCGGCGCAGAUUCUUAUGGAGGAGGAAGAGGAAGAGGAAGACGUCUCGUCUGAAAGCGUUAUUACCAGACGAAUACAAAUUAACAGAGACCGCCAAGGAGCGCAUGAGAAAUUGGUGAACGAUUAUUUUUCGGAUGUACCCCUUUACAAUGCGAACAUUUUCAGACGAAGGUUCCGAAUGAGUCGCUGGUUAUACAAACGGAUUGCUGAUGAUUUGGCGGGGCUAGACCCGUUUUUCACGCAACGACCCGAUGCUCGGAAUUAUGAAGGGUUCAACACGUUAAAAAAGUGUAUUGCGGCCAUUCGCCAACUGGCGUACGGGACAGUGGCCGACGCUUUGGACGAGUACUUACAGAUGUCGGCAAGAACUACGCGGGAAUGUUUGUAUCGGUUUUGCCAUAAUGUUGUGAAACUGUAUAGGAAACAAUAUUUGCGGAAACCAAACGCGUAUAAUGUUCAACAGUUGUACCAAACUCAUGAAGCACGGCACAAGUUCCCAGGAAUGCUUGGUAGCAUUGAUUGUAUGCAUUGGGCGUGGCAUAACUGCCCGAAUGCGUGGCUAGGCCAAUACACGCGAGGUGAUCACGGCCAUCCAACCUUAAUACUUGAGGCCGUGGCGUCACAAGAUUUGUGGAUCUGGCAUUCUUUCUUUGGUCUCCCUGGUUCACUCAACGACCUCAACGUGCUAUACCAAUCGGCGAUCUUUAGCGAUGUCGUUAAUGGAACCGGUCCGGACACCCGUUUUACAGUUUCUGGGGUUGAGUAUAGACACGAAGGUCGGGCGAUCUGUGAGUAUGAUGAGAAUGCAUCUUACGGGAAUACUUUCCCGGUAGAUCUGACGCAACAGGAUUUAAACUCGUGCACGCUAACCAACGACUACAUGCAUGCAAACCUUCAACAGGAUUUGGUAGAACAUAUAUGGAACAACGCGAACGACGGGGACGGUGACGAAGACGAAGACGAAGACGAAGACAAGUAG